AUGGAUGGUUUAAUCCCAAUGGCGUUUAGGGCCAUGAAGAAGAACCUAACUCGUCGUCGCUACGAGAGUCUCUCUUCCUCUGGCAUGGCUCGUGACUCUUACGACGUCGUUUCCGAUUUUGAAAUGAACGUAGACCACCGUCACCAUCGCCGUCGUUGGUCCAUCGGAGAUUUCUCAUCGUUAUCAAGCCGAGAAACAAAAAGAAACGGCGGUGGAGUAGCUCCGGAGAAAGGUUGUACUCCGCCGCGUGAAGGUCAACUUGUGAGAUUCAAGAGCCAUAGAUUGUUUUCUUGCAUCUCAGGUCAAUAA